GAAAAUUGGAAAUAUCGAUUAACCGGAUCUCUUAAUGCGAUUGUGAGCCUGGCGCAAUAUCGUAAUAAAAAGAUCGAAACAAAACUCAACCUCAUGCGAGAUCUAAGGAAAAAAAUUGUAUUUGAGACGACUGUAAGUGGAUUUGGUGUAUCUAAAGAACCGGAAUAUUUGGGAUGGAGUUGGGAUUUCCGAAAUCUGGUAGAAACGGACUUUGUACGUAGACGGGCUUUGGGUCCGAUUGUUAGUGUUCCAUUGUUUUUAGCACGCCCAAUACAACUUCGCGAAAUAUUAUUUUUGUAUCUCUAUGGACGAAAUACCUAA